AUCUAGAACAGCAAGUUCAGUGCCUGAACAUAUUUUUCUUUUUGGAUUUCUCUUUCCGUUAGUAUUCGGACGUUUCCCGCGACGAAUUCUGUUUCGUCGGUUUGGUUUGCCGGUACACUAAUUUGGCUGGUGUUUACUGAGACUUCUGAGGCGAUAACAAUGAAGUGAGCGGAGUUGAAAUGCGGUGGUUCAAGAAAGGCGAGCCGCCGAGGCUGCUCGUCGUCUCCCCGGACGAUCACAUACACUCCAGAAGGUCAAGAAUCGACAUGUCUCCAGUACGCUACCCUCAUAGAAAAAGUCCAAGCAACAGCCCUGUGGAAACCAACUUUUAUAACCUAAGCGAACAAAUAAUAAUUGUGGACAAAUCGCCCCACAGAUGCCAUCGUAGCGGUGAAACGCAAGUUACUCGCCGCAUCUCAUUACAUAAUGUGUCUCAAGAAACAAAUGCACGGAAAUACCGUGGUGGAUCUUUAGAAAAGGAGUACAUGGUCUAUAGAGAAAAGCGGAAUCCAUUACUGGACAAAGUAAAAAACACUAAGCUAUCAUGUUUUAAAUCCAAUGGUCCUUUACGUCAUCAGGGUGAUGAUGCCGCAUCAACGUCAGGAAGCGAUUGCAGCGGUUUCGAUCAUGUAGCUGACGUAAAUAACUGUCGAUAUGCUACAAAUUAUCCUGAGGCUCACAUUGAAUUUGAAAAUCAUAACCCAUGGGUGAAGAUGCAAACUUACGAAGACGAUGUAUUUUUCACCAAAAAUUUAACUAGUCCCGUUGAAUCUAACUGGAGAGAUGGUAGAUCAUUUACGAACAGGGGCACCAGAUGCUAUAGUUCCGGUUCCGAAUGUGAUCGUUAUCAUGCAAUACCAAAAGUGGGCGCAAAACUAUCCAAAUCUAGUGACCAAAUUUUCAAUGAUGAUUAUGAACCAUAUGAUGAAACCUUGACAUCCGUAAAAAUUCCAAAAAAGACUGAUAAGUAUAAGACUAAAGAUAACAAGGACACCAUUGGGCCUAGUUCGUGUUUGUCUGCCAAAAUAAAAGCAAUGUCUGACAGGUAUUUAAAGUCAUCUAACAAAUUUCUUUCUAAGCUUUAUAAGCCUGGUGGAGAAAAUGAAGAUGUAAACGGUAGCAAUGAUAACGUAUUGAAAUCCAGUGGAUCAAAUAAAAGUAGAAAGAAAAGAGGUGGUGUCAAAGCAAAAUUACGCAGCUUUUCAUACGGAGCGCUACCGGGGUUAGACGAGUUUCAAAAAAGUCAGUCUGUUUUUCAUGAUGACGCUUGCCAAAUAUCAUGCGAUGACGAGAAUGUAUUAAUACAAGACUGCGAAGAUGCAGAUUCUGGUAUUCUAGUCAAUGAGUCGGCUGCAUCUUCUGUAUUUGAAAGCGACCGAAUAUCUUCUAGAUGUGAAAGUUCAGCAUCUCAUUCCAUAGUGCCUUGCCAUGGCAGAAGUAUAUCUGGUGAUCAAGGUUACAUAAAAUCAAGAACUUCUGGCAGAAUGAGUAGAGAACGAAAUGAUUGUCCUAAAUCAAGACCUCGCAAUACCCAAAGAGCUUUAUCCCUAGACCGUAAAGAAAUACUCAGGCGUUUGCCAAAAAACAAUAAUGAUUACGAAGAACCUCAAUAUCUAGAACUGACUGAUAAACAGAAAAUGCGGCAACGGGAAGCCAGCUCAGGUGACUCAGGAAUUCCACCAAUACCUCCGUGCAGAAAACCUUCGAAAGACAAAGUACAAUCUGAAUUCAAAGUUGUCAGAAUAAUGAGAAGAAAUGCGAGUGACGAAUUGGGUAUAUUUAUUGCCAAGACAAAACUUUCCGACGAAGGCCAUAUAGGGUACUUGGUAGCUCACGUGGUGCCUGGAGGUUUAGCAGAAAAAGAAGGUACUCUACGUAUUGGAGAUGAAUUGUUAAACGUCAAUGGUCGAAGACUUCGCGAUUUAACAAUGUCCGAAGCGAAAGAAGCUCUGAGAUCAGGCACAUCAGAAAUCGAUAUCGUAAUUUGUAGACAAAAAAUAGGACCAGAUGGGAAACCAAGGACCAUUUUACUAAUGCAUGAAAGCUCUGUGGAUUAUGAGAAUGCAUUAAUAUUAGGAAAGGAAAAGCGCGUAGAUAAAUAUGACGUCGGCAUCAACAGUUGGCGUUCGCAGGACGAGUCCGCCUGUAAUCGCAGCGCGCUAUCAGCGGCGGACGAGGCGGGCGACGGCGCGGCGAGCUCGCACACACACUUCCUCAAAGGCCAGAACGCGACUUACAGCAGCAUGAACAACAAGCUGCUGCGCCGGAAAGUCGUCAGUUACGGUGGCGCGAACAAGGAGGGGAUUGUACUAAGUUGUACUGGUGAUAUUGUUGACAUCGAUGUGCCGGACAGUGCUUCAGACAGAACUAAAGAUCGGGAAAACAGUGACCCUGACAUAAAAACACCAAAUACUGCGAAUUUUUGCACGCUUCCCCGGAAACCGCGAGCACCUACACACACAUAUCACACGAUUACGUUUGAAAAAGGUCAUGGAAAGAAACCCCUCGGUUUUACCAUUGUGGGAGGACGCGAUUCACCGCGAGGUCCACUUGGCAUCUUUAUUAAGAGCAUCCUUCCACAAGGGCAAGCAAUCGAGGAUGGAAGACUUAAAGCUGGCGACGAGGUGUUGGCGGUGAACGGACAGGCGUGUCACGAACUGGCGCACGUUGAGGCACUGGCUCUCUUUAAAGCUGUGAGGAACGGCUCCAUAGAACUGAGGAUUUGCCGGAGAGUCAAAAAUUCACAGUCUACCAAAGCAAAAUCCUGUACGGAUCUUCUUAAUGACGAAGAGUGAAGCAUUUAAUAUACGAGUAUUCGGCACAAAAAUAAUUAUACUGGAUAAAGGUCGAGAUGUUGUUAUACGCAAAUUUCAUACUCUUAUUCUAUACCUAUAUAUUGAUUGACUAUUAAUCCACCCGAAUCGGAUUAGGCUGGGUUCAGGUGCUAAUGACUAUACACCCUAACUCAUUCAUGGGUAAUAUGACAUAACGUUCCAUCUCAGUCCAAUUCGGUACAGGUGCACGAAGAGAUUAGUUUUAUUAACGGAAAAAUACUAGAUGUAGUGUUCUUUGUCUUUAUAGAACUCGUCUGUUGGAAGAUAUGGAGUGCCAGUUCAACCACAGGCACCCAAGACUUGAGAUCUUGUAUCCCAAACUCAUUAGUAUCGCAAAUAUUUAAAGUUUAUAGGCAGCGUUUAACGUCUGAUUGUUUGCCGGUUAAAAUAUAUAAAUAAAGUAGACAUUGUAUUUACCCGCUAUAAAAUAGCUAUUUGCAAUAUUUACUAUAUACGAGUAUAGUAUUAAAAUCAACAAACUUUCAAUGAAAUUACAAAAUAAAUAUCAUAGUAUGUGCCAUUUAGAAAUUUAUAAAAAUAUUUGCACAUUAGAUGUAAACAGAGUCAAUGCAUAUUGUUUUUUUUAUCGUAUUAACACUUAGCUACUUGCAAAGUGUGACGAACCUAUAGUUCAAAUUGAUGAAAUAGUGCGAUUAAAAUGCAGCAUUAAAUGAGGUAUAAUUCCCACAUUUAAUAUUUAUAAAGUAUGAUAACAAGUAGUUCAUAAAAUAAAUUAACAAUAAGGCAAUAUUUGUAAAUAACGAGACAGGUGCGUGGAAACAUUACACAUGGAUACAAGUUCUGUCAAUUUUUGCACUGAACCUCAGCGUAUAAAUAUGUUUAGCACAAAAAGGAUUUGCAAAUUUGUGCUCGAGUUGUUUCAAUAUCUUCCAAAAUAAAUACAGGGUGUUAACUCUAUUAUGUCACACUCGAAGGUAGUAAAUCCAUCCAUUAAAAGAAGA